GGAGAGGGAGAGGGAGGGAGCAAAUAGCAAUCCACUAGAGCGUACGCUGUGACCGACCGCGUUGACUUUCAUUGGAAACCGAGUGGGAAAUGGCAAUGGUAGGUUUCCGGCAGUUCAUCCUCUCUCUCUCUCUCUCUCUCUCUCUCUCUCUCUCUCUCAAACCAUACAAUUCAACACUUGGAACCUAAUUACUUUUGAAUUUAACCCCAACCCCAUUAAUUAAUUAAUCAAUUAAUUAAACCAUCCAUAUAUCCAUCCCAACAAUUCUCUCUUCUUCUUCUUCUUCUUCUUCAAAUUAACAACCUUAAUUACCCCAAUCUCAAUUUCCAUCAAUGCAACGCCUUCAUUGAUUCAUUAAUUAAGUCGCCAUGAAUCCCAAGUCCCUCUGUUUCGUGCUACCCACAGAAACCGACGACGACCAAGACGACGCUGCCCAGUCAAAGCUCCAAAACUCAUCCUCCGCCAAGAACCCCCCGCCGCCGCCUCGCCGCCGCGUCUCCGCCGUAGAUUCCCUCCGCCACGCAUUGCAGCGCUUCUUCCUCUGCCACCACCACGGCAACCAAUUCUCCGGCGCCUUCACCGACGCCGACGGCGUCCACCAAGCCGAGCCCGACAACAACAACCCCAGAAUCUUCAGCUACUCCGAGCUCUACAUCGCCACCAACGGAUUCAACGCCGCCCAAAUCCUCGGCGCCGGCGGCUUCGGCAGAGUCUACCGCGCCGUCCUCCCCAGCGACGGCACAACCGUCGCCGUCAAGUCCCUCGCCGAGAGUGGCCACACCUUCCAGAAAACCUUUAUGGCGGAGCUCCUCGCUGUCGCCCACCUCCGCCACCGCAACCUCGUCCGCCUCCGCGGAUGGUCCACUCACGCCGACGACCACCAACUCCUCCUCGUCUACGAUUACAUGCCCAACCGCAGCCUCGACAAAAUCCUCUUCCAAAAAUCCCCAUCCUCCCCCCUAACAUGGCACCAACGCAACAACAUCGUCAAUGGCCUGGCCGCCGCCUUACAUUACCUCCACGACCAGCUCGAAACGCAGAUUAUUCAUCGGGAUGUCAAGGCCAGCAACGUCAUGCUCGACGCCCACUUCAACGCCCGCCUAGGCGACUUCGGCCUCGCCCGCUGGCUCGAACACGACGCCGGCAAUCUCAGCUACUACAGCAACAAAAAUAGUAAUAACAAUACUCUGUUAUUCCGAUUGGCCGACACUACAAGGAUCGGCGGCACCAUCGGAUACCUCCCGCCGGAGAGCUUCCAGAAGAGAAGCGCAGCCUCCACCGCCAAAUCGGAUGUAUUCAGCUUCGGGAUCGUCGUGCUGGAAGUCGUCUCAGGGAGGCGCGCCGUCGAUCUAACCUGCACCGAUGAUCAAAUCGUGCUGCUGGAUUGGAUCCGGCGGCUGUCCGAUGACGGCGAACUUCUCCGGGCAGGGGAUUCACGUCUCCGGAAUUGUUCUGGUUCCGACAUGGAGAGGCUAUUGCAGCUGGGGCUUAUGUGUACGCUUAAUGAAGCUCAUUCCCGACCAACCAUGAAAUGGAUUGUCCAAGUCCUUACCGGCAAUCUCUACGGCAAAUUGCCGCAACUUCCCUCCUUUCGAUCGCAUCCUCUUUACAUUUCCCUCUCGUCGUCGUCAUCCUCAAGCAGCAGCAACAACACCAACACCCGAAAUACAACCAGCAACAGCACGACGACGACAGGAUUCUUUUCCUCGGGCUUUGUCUCGGCAAAUGGCGAAACAAUUUAUAUGAGUGCCGAACAAUCCAAGACGAGGACCGUCAUCCCUUGGACGAAAAAAUCGUCAGCUAAUCCCAUCGUCGAGACUCCGCGACCAAUAGCGUUCGAGAAGAUAGUUUCAGCGACAAAAAACUUCUCCAAAAUGGUUGCCGAGGUCGACUUCGGGACUGCCUAUUACGGCGCCCUCGACAACUGCAAUCCGGUUAUCGUCAAAAGGCUAGGGAUGAAGACUUGUCCCGCAUUGCGGAUGAGAUUCGCAAACGAAUUCCAAAACUUGGGACGGCUGCGCCAUCGUAACCUAAUUCAGCUUCGCGGAUGGUGCACCGAGCAGGGGGAGAUGCUCGUCGUUUACGACUACUCCAACUGUCGUCUUCUCAGCCGCGCUCUCUUCCAUCACGAUCAGAACAAGAAAAGAAAUCUGAUGCUGCGCUGGCGUCAACGCUACAACAUAAUCCAAUCCCUCGCCUCAGCCGUUUGCUAUCUGCACGAGGAGUGGGAUGAGCAAGUAAUUCACCGGAACAUCACGUCGUCCGCAGUCAGCCUAGAUCAGGAUGCGAACCCGAAGCUGGGGUCUUUUUCCCUCGCCGAGUUCUUGACAAGAAACGAAGACGGCCAUCACAUAGCGCUGGACAAAAGGCAGUCGGUGAGAGGCAUUUUUGGGUACAUGUCACCGGAGUACAUUGAGACAGGAGAAGCGACUACGAUGGCGGAUGUCUACAGCUUCGGAGUGGUGCUGCUUGAGAUCAUCACGGGAGAGAUGGCGGUCGACUUCCGGAGGCCGGAUGUAUUGCUGGUGCAGAGAGUGCACGAGUUCGAAGAACAGCAAAGACCGUACGAGCAAUUGGUGGAUCGCCGGCUGGACGGGCAAUUUGACGAGAGGGAACUGAGUAAGCUCGCGAAACUGGGGAUCGCGUGCACGCGGUCGGACGCGAAGUCGAGACCAAACAUGAGGCAGAUUGCGAGCAUACUCGACGGCGGCAACGGCGGCGGCAAUAGGUGGCUGGUGAUGGAGGACGGGCGGAGGGAGGGGAUGGAAGAAUGGAAGAGGAGAAAUGCUUGCACUUUGGAACUCGUUGGAAGAAUCAAAGCGCUUGGAAUUCAAUGAAAUCGAAUAUCUGUAGAAUGUUUUGUUUAUAUCUUUAUCUGUACGUUCUGUAUGUCUGUGUAUAUGUGAUUUUGGAAUACAUACUCGAUCCUCCUUCAAUGAGUAUCAAAUCGAAAAGUAGUGCAUCUAAAAUCUAUGUAUGUCUUGUAUGAUCAUGGGUUGGGAUUCGAUUGCAUAUUAGCUAUUGGAUUA